AUUCAAGUCUUUCGUUCGGAUAAGACACAUUGAAUGUUGAUCGUGGUUUUGAAUUUCGUUGAUCUUGUAUUGAAAAUAGAAGGAGAAAAAGACACCGAACGCUAACAUUUUAUAGAGGUUUUUCAUUGUAGAUCCGCAAAACGGUUUUCGGUAAAUCGUUUAAUUGAAUUUAAUUUUAUGUUAAUUAUGAGAAACGAUUCGUUAUUUUUGUGCGCUGCGGUAUAAAUGGGUUGUGCAUUGUUUGUAUUCAAUGGAAAUGACCUUUGAAAAUAUCAUAAAUUUUUGUCACACACCACAAGGAUUAUGGAUUCGAGCUUAAUAUGGAUUAUAAUGGACUCGCAAAGAAAAUAAAUAAAAACAAUAUGCGACAAAGUUCGUAAAUAAGUUUUUUUUUCUGUUAAAAUAUUAUUAAACAGACCGAACAUAAAUUGCUCAUUGUGAUAAAACGGAAUAAUAUGUGGGCUAUGUAAGUGUAGUGAUAUAAAAUGAAAACUGAGUCUCAUAAAAUAUCAAGCAACGAAAGAAUGAAAAAAAAUGAAUAAAUCCGUAACUGGAUGGCAAUGUAAUACAUUAAAAUUUGAAAUUAUUUUGUGGUUUUGUCUGUUGUAGACAUUAAACAGUGAAAAUUUUUGCUAAAUAAACUUUUACUUUCCGUGUGAGUUAUCGUUUUUGUUCGUGAAUAAUAAAAGUUUUUUUUAUCGUGUGGAUUCAACCACAUUCUUCUAGAUAAAAUUUUCUUUUUAUUUAAGUCGCUUCAAAACUUUUAAUUAAUCGGACACACGCAUAUGAUCAAACAAAACGAUGGAAAUAACACAAAAAAAGUGGUUUUCAACUACUUCUUCUCCAUCAACUUGUUGAAACUAGUUUAUGUUUAUAUUGAGCAUAAGUGAAUAAACUAUGAAAAUCCAUAUGCAAAAAAGUAUAAAAAACGAAGAACUUUAAAUAACAAUAUCAUUUUAAAAAUAGAAGAGACGAAAACUCUUUGUGUAACAUAAACUAUGAAACCCAUCACAUUUGAAUCGAUUCGAAAUUUCUUGAAAACAAAAAAGAAGAAUAAAAAAGACGGUGCCGAUGCCAGCUUUAAACGCAGUGAUUCAUUUAAACGAAUUAGCAUAAGAAAAAGUUACCUAGAUCGGGGUCGUAAGAGGGCAAUUCGUACAAAGGCUGUUAUCGAUUUUAAUGAAGUCGAUGUUAAAACGGGUAUUUAUUCGGGUCGACCUUUGGUGGAGAGCAAACAAUUCAAUGGCGGUGUCAAAGAAGAUUUUAGCCUAAAAAAUAAGUCGUUACAAGAGAUAAAUGAAAUUUGCGGAGGUGGAGAGGACGACAAUGAUAAAUACAAUAGUGUCAGUGCUCCCAGUACGGUGGAUGUUGAUAGUCGCGAGACAGAAACGCAAACUGUAGCUAUCAAUUUUCAAGGUUCAAACAGCACAGAAUCCAUAUACAACGACUUGAAUAACGAAAAUGAAUAUGAAGCAAAAAAUGAUGAAAAGAAACUUAAUAUAUCGCAAAUUAGUGUAGCCGCAUCGUUGAGCAGUAAACACGGACCGUCUUCCAACUUUAAUAUUAUAGAAGAAGAUGUGGAAACUAAAUCUAACUUCUCCAGUAAUUCAUAUUUUUUGCUUGACGAAAAUAUUUACGAAAAGGCGGAUUCCAUCAGCAAGAAACGUUUGUCAAAUGCUGAUCUGUCGAAUGAUGUGACGAGUGAUAAUCAAACGUUUACGGACUUUGACAAACGACCCGUACGUUACAAUUCGAGAACAAGUCUAGACAAACACUCCAUUAAAUCGUCCAAUUCGCAUCUAGACUCACCGAAUCUGGUGACGUUUAAAACUUAUUGUGAACCGAAAACCUACAUCGAAACUAGCUUCGACAGUGUGGAGCCACGCAGUGUAACGCACAGUUUAGAAUCACGUAGCAAUGUAUCACGAACAAGUUUAAACUAUGAAGUUGUACAUGCAACUGAAAUCGACUCACAAACCUUUAAAUUACCGGGGAAAAAUAAGAACGAAGGUGUCGUUAUACGAAUACCAGCUAUUGUGGAAUGUGAUUCCAAGGAGGAGGGAGCAACAAGAACCAAGCAAAAUUUGAACAAGCAAAUUAGUAAUGAUUCCGCUCUGGAUGUUACGGAAGAUUUAACAAUAUCCAAUAACUUGGAGACGUCUUUGAAUGGAAAAUUUACUUUCGAGAUUUAUAAAGAACUGCAACGUUCAAACGACAAUAUACUAAAGGAGUGCAAACAAAGAAAUGAUUCAGCCCCGUCUGCAGCAGGUCGUGUCAGUGUCAAAAAACCAAGCAGAAAAUCCAAAACGGGUAGCAGCAGAAAGCAAACGUAUGAAGAUCCACCAUCGGUACACAAAUCCUUAGACGAAUCAUUCCGUUCCCUACAAAUUGACGAUCAGUCAGAAAAUUUCUUCUUCGAACCCGAACAAGGUGUGUACGACGAGGUAAAUGUUAUUUCACCGGACAGUUCAAUACCUUACCCGCUUCGGAUCAAAACAAAUCCAUUCACGCGCCAAAAAGAAUUGUAUUCAGUGAACCUUGGCCGUAUCUGGAAACAAUUAAAUUUGGGCCAAGAAGAGGAUUUGUCACUUGAAGCAACAUCAUUGCAAGGAAAUUUUAAAGUGAAAAAUGAAUCAUUCAAAUCCAUGUCGUCACACGAUUCCGGUUUCAGCUUAACGUUAACAAAACCAAAAAACUUAUUCCGAAGAAAAUCGAAGAAGAAUCGACGCAAACCUAAACUAUCGGUCAGUCGUGAUGGCUAUUUCAAACGGGUCAUGGUCGUUCAACGAAAUUCCUCGAGGCGAAAAAAGAAGAAAAAUACGAAACAACAACAUCAGCAACUCAAUAACAUGUUUGACCAGAGUUUUUAUGAAACCCUCGAUCGAUAUUAUCAGGAGUCCCGACGAUAUGGUAACAAUUAUCCAGCCGAUGGUAGCAAGUAUUACGAUAAUGAUGUUUUUAUGAGAGAAUUUGAAGAAUUUUGCAUGCGUCGCAAUCAAACAAGAAUCGAGAAGUAUAAAUCAAAAAGCUUUGAUGAAUUUUUGCAAUUUAACAAUGACGAUAAAUUUUCACAAGAAAUCAGUGACCUCGAAGCAUUCUUUGAGGAACAUUUGAAACGAUUGAAAGAGUAUUACUUGCAAAAAAAGCAAUUGAACGAGCGUACAAUCAAUGAACUUUAUCACGACUACGAUCGCCAUGGUAAACAAAAGGAAAUAUCGUCCGAAGAAUACAAGAAUAACGACUGUGAAGAUCGAUUUUAUAAACGAUCGAACGAUUCGCUGAAGGUACAAAGUGAUCGAAAUCAUUUGAAUACAAUUGAACACGACGAGACCAGUUUAGACUAUACGUCGUUCGAUGCAUCAUUAGAUUAUAGCUUUCCUCAUCCGGAUAAAAGGGUCGGUCGAAACAACAACUCCAAAAGUCGAAAUAAAUUCCAAAUACAAGAAGUGCGUCCAGUGACAUCGUCCAAUGAAUUGAAAUACGCUUCGUUGGAGUUUUCAAAUGCUAGGCAAUGUGAUAAGAAAGUGAUUGAGAAUGCAGUACCUUAUGCUGAUAUACAAUUUCCUAAAGAAUUCAACGAAUUUCCCUAUGGAAAAAUCAAAUUGAAUGAAAAUCGACGUACAUCGAGACGAAAAUUCAAAAGUUUGGAACACAAUGCUUCCACAGCGCAAACUGAAAUAUCACUUUCGACAAUAUUCCCAUCCGUUUCAAGUACACAAAGGGAUAUAUGUCAUCGAUGCCACAAGGAACAACGAAAUAACCAUUCGAUUAAAGACAAUGCCGAUGACAUAUUAGCUAGUGAUGAAUUUAGUGAAAAUGAAUUUAUUGCCAACAGCAUCGGUUGUGAAUUAUGUGCUAACUGUGAUAACUUAUAUAUUGACUGUGUUUGUUCGACGAACGAAUUGGAUGUCAGUGAUAAUGGGAAAAAAGUGUUAUUUUGUAAAUGUUCGGUUGAAGAAGAAAAUGGCAGAAAACUAACAACAAAUAAAAGAAAAAUGAAGCGGAAAAAGUCUAAGAGGCGUCUGGCGAAAAAUCAUUCAACGCUCAGACGUGGAUAUAGUUGCACGAGUGAUAUCACACAAAAGGGAUAUGAAAAGAAACGUACAAGACUGUUGCAGCCAUACAUUCAGAAAAACGCACAGCAAGGUGAUGGGUACUAUAAUCUGCAAAAGCAACAGUCAACGAAUAGCGCUGGAGGUAAUGGCGGGGUUGUAGUCAAUAGCGAAGGCUAUAGCUAUGUAAAUGAUGUACCAUCAAUUCAAUCACAUCAUCGUCACUCUGGCCAAAAAUCGUCAUCUUCAUCGCAUCGAGAACAUCAACAGCAAAAUCGAACACGGCGAACACAACGUCGUGUCACACAUAAUGAAAAGCGUUAUCAUUCAGCUGGUCGACCAAAUAUUAAACCAAGUGACAUAUUGGCAAUGAAAUCAAACUACAAGGGUUGUGCACCAUACAAACCGGCAUCAUCAACAGCACCCUCAUCACCAGCCGCUAUGAUGAUGGCCACCGUAGACCAUACGACUAUACACGCUCAAAAUAACAUUAACAAUCUUAGUAAAAAUGUGCCAUCAGCCACACCAUAUUCAAAUAAUUGUAACAAUUCCAAUAAUUUUGCUUUGGCAAAUAAUGCUUCAGCUGCUUCUGUGGACGUUAGAAAUAAUCAACCUCAGCCAAAAAGCACAAAAUCCAAUAAUCAGUCAUCGUCACGUAAAAAUCGACGAAUCGGAAGACAAGAGAGUAGAUACACUAGCGAAGUGCGACAAGAGGCAGUUCAACAAGCUUUAGCUGCAUUAAAAAAUAGACCAAAACCUAGUUUACCAAUGCCAUCGAAACGGAGUUCGGUACUAAAUCGUAGUCCAGACAGAGAUCGUGAUGAUUCAGAUUCAAGUUCUGACGAAGGGUCUAUACCCGAAGAACGAAUAUCAACUCCGGACAGAGAAUACAAUUAUCCGCGUGAUCAUCUUAGCAACUCCAGGGAACAAAUGAAAUUACCCUCAAGAGAUCAUUCGAAUCGACAUCAGAGCAAUAUAUCCGAACGCCGGCCACAGAAUCUUCCGCCACCUCCUCUAUCGGACACAUCUAGUGCAGGAUCUCCUCCAGCUAUUCAUCGAAUUCCGAAAAAUAGCUAUGACAUGACUGAUAUAUCGGAGUUCCAGCAAGGAGUUAGGCCUUAUGCAGCUCCAGAUAUUACUCAAUUUAAUAAUACUAGAAGGGGAGCUGAUCGAGUUACUAGAUACGUGAAUGUUUCCCAGACUGAGGCGGGAGAUACAAGCACAACUGGUCGCUGGAAAGUCUCCGCUAAAAUUCAACAACUCCUAAAUACAUUGAAACGGCCUAAACGUCGACCACUUCCAGAAUUUUACGAAGAUAAUGACAUUGAAUUAGAAAUAGCAGCCAAUCCAAAAGAUCCAAACGCACCACGUCCCGAAGGCAACACCAUGACACCAGUCACUGGGGAACAAUUAGUCAUUCCAUCCGGUUUACCGCGUUCACUAGAAGCUGCUGUGCAACGGUACGGAACCAAUUCGUUCAAGGCUCCAAUGGCAACCGUCUUGGAUCCAAAUGGAAAAUUGACAACAACUUUGACAUACGGCAAGCUACUGUCUCGUGCAAUGAAAAUAGCUUACGCUUUAUCAACAAAAGUAUUUAGUAAGGGACCUGAGUCAGUCACACUAAAAGCUGGGGAUACUGUCGCAUUGGUAUAUCCUAACAACGAUCCUUUGAAUUUCAUAACAGCCUGGUAUGGUUGCAUGUUCCGGGGACUAGUUCCGUUACCUAUUGAACUGCCACUGUCCAGUUCGGAUUCUCCACCGCAACAAGUCGGUUUCUUAUUAAGCUCGUGCGGCAUUCAAGUUGCUUUAACAUCGGAAGCUUGUCUGAAAGGAUUGCCAAAAUGUACGACCGGUGAAAUAGCCAAGCUGAAAGGAUGGCCGCGCUUGCAGUGGUUCGUUACGGAACAUUUGCCGAAACCACCAAAAGACUUCAACACGAACAAUGUUCGUAUCAAUGAAGAAGGCAAUGCUUACAUUGAAUACACCAGUGAUAAGGAUGGCAGCGUAAUGGGUGUGACAGUGACUCGUCAAGCUAUGAUGAACCAUUGCCGAGCCCUGACCAUGGCUUGUCAUUACACAGAAGGUGAAACAGUUGUUUGUGUAUUGGACUUUAAAAGAGAAGUCGGACUGUGGCAUAGUGUUUUGACGAGUGUAUUGAAUGGAAUGCAUGUUCUCUUUAUACCAUACGCUUUAAUGAAAUUAAGACCAUCAUCAUGGAUGCAGUUGAUUACGAAAUAUCGUGCAUCAUGUUGCCUAGUUAAGAGUCGUGAUCUACAUUGGGGACUGUUGGCUACUAAAGAUCACAAAGACAUAAAUCUGUCGUCACUGAGAAUGCUCCUAGUUGCUGAUGGCGCGAAUCCAUGGUCGUUGUCGAGCUGUGAUCAAUUUUUGAGUGUAUUUUCGCAAAAAGGUUUACGGGCUGAUGCAAUAUGUCCUUGUGCAAGCAGUUCUGAAGUGUUUACAGUAUCGUUACGUCGUCCGGGUCGCGUUUCCGGACAAUUUACUCAGGCAGCUACUGGUAGAGGUGUUUUGUCCAUGGCAGCUCUUUCUCACGGCGUUGUUCGCGUGGAUAGCGAGGAUUCAUUAACUUCUUUAACGCUUCAAGAUUGUGGUCAAGUUAUGCCAGCUGCGAACAUGGUCGUUGUUCGAUCCGAAGGGGUGCCAGUGCUCUGCAAAACCGAUCAAGUCGGAGAGAUUUGUGUAACAUCUGGUGCAACAGGGAACGUUUAUUUCGGUCUAGACGGAAUGACCAAUGCCACAUUCAAAAUACAGCCGCUGUUGGACGAUCCAGAUCCCAAAGAUCCAACAUCCGUUGGUAAACCAAUCAGCGAUGAAUUGUACGUUCGAAGCGGAUUACUCGGUUUCCUUGGUCCUGGUGGAUUGGUAUUUAUUUGUGGAUCGCGUGACGGUCUAAUGACUGUAACAGGAAGAAAGCAUAACGCUGACGAUAUAAUUGCAACUGUGUUGGCCGUUGAACCGAUGCGUUUCAUCUAUCGUGGCCGGAUCGCUGUCUUCAGCAUCAAAGUCUUGAGAGAUGAACGUGUGUGUGUCAUAGCAGAACAACGACCUGACUGUUCGGAAGAAGAAUCAUUCCAAUGGAUGUCUAGAGUUUUGCAGGCUGUUGAUUCGAUACAUCAAGUUGGAAUUUACUGUCUUGCUUUGGUUCCGCCAAAUCAUUUGCCAAAAACGCCAUUAGGUGGCAUUCACUUGUGUGAAGCAAGAAGACGAUUCUUAGAAGGAUCACUUCAUCCAGCCAAUGUAUUGAUGUGUCCACAUACUUGCGUGACGAAUCUGCCGAAACCGAGAGAGAUCCAUCAAGGCGCACUACAACAACAUCAAGUAUCGGGAAGUUCAUCUGGAUGUGUUACAGACACAUCAGUGGGUCCAGCUUCAGUUAUGGUUGGCAAUUUGGUGCAAGGGAAUCGAUUGGCUGUCGCACAUGGAAGAGACAUUGGAUUCUCCGAAGAUAAUGAGAGAAAGCAUCAAAUCAUUACUGGAGUAUUACGAUGGAGAGCAAAUACAUCUCCAGAUCAUGUUUUAUACACAUUGUUGAAUUCUAAAGGAACUGUUGCCAAAACGCUCACCUGUUCCGAAUUACACAAACGUUCCGAAAAGAUUGCAGCUCUCUUACAAGAACGAGGCAAAGUAAAUCCUGGAGAUCAUGUUGCUCUCAUAUUCCCUCCUGGCUUAGAUUUAAUUUGUGCAUUUUACGGUUGUCUAUAUCUGGGUGCCGUGCCAAUAACGAUACGACCACCGCAUCCACAAAAUCUCAUCACAACAUUACCAACGGUUCGCAUGAUUGUCGAUGUGUCGAAAAGCGGAAUCGUUUUGUCCAUACAGAACAUAAUAAAAUUGCUAAAAUCACGCGAAGCGGCCGCUUCCAUAGAUCCGAAAAGCUGGCCAAUCAUCCUUGAUAUCGACGACAAUCCGAAACGAAAAUUGGCUUCAAUUGCUAAUUGUUCACUCGACUCAACUGCUUAUCUAGACUUCAGCGUUUCUACAUGUGGUAGAUUAAGUGGAGUCACAAUGACUCAUAGAUCUCUGUCGAGUGUUUGCGCUAGUUUGAAACUAGCUUGUGAACUGUAUCCUAGUCGGCAUGUAGCAUUAUGCUUGGACCCAUAUUGUGGACUCGGCUUUGCCAUGUGGACGUUAAUUAGCGUCUACAGUGGACAUCACUCAAUACUAAUUGCUCCCUAUGAAGUCGAAGCGAAUCCCAGUCUAUGGCUUAGUACGCUCUCACAGUACCGUGUUCGUGAUACGUUCUGUUCGUAUGGGGUGAUUGAACUGUGCACGAAAGCAUUGAGCAAUUCCAUACAAAUGCUGAAGCAGAGAAAUGUUAAUUUGGCUUGUUUGAGAACGUGUGUCGUUGUAGCGGAAGAACGACCUCGCGUACAAUUGACACAACAGUUUUGCAAGCUCUUCCAAGCAUUGGGAUUAAAUACUCGUUGCGUUUCAACGUCGUUUGGCUGUCGCGUUAAUCCAGCUAUUUGUGUUCAAGGUGCUAGUUCUGCUGAAAGUGCUCAGGUUUAUGUUGACUUGCGAGCACUACGCAACAAUCGAGUCGCUUUGGUUGAACGUGGUGCUCCGAACUCGCUGUGUUUAAUUGAAUCAGGUAAACUUUUGCCCGGCGUUAAAGUAAUAAUUGCAAAUCCCGAAACGAAAGGACAUUGUGGCGACUCACAUUUGGGCGAGAUCUGGGUCCAAUCUCCUCACAGCGCUAACGGAUACUUUACGAUCUACGGCGACGAGACCGAUUACAAUGACCAUUUCAAUGCUAAACUCGUCACCGGCCAAACAACCGAAACGUAUGCUCGCACCGGUUACUUGGGAUUCCUACGACGCACUGAAUGUUCUCAAGCUGGAUCGAUAUUGGACGAAACGACACCCAGCAUAGCCAGUCGAGACAGUGACACCGAAUCGUUGCACUCUCAGGGUACAUUGCAAUCGCAUGCCCCAUCUGCUACAUCGGCCGAUCAAGAGUUACAUGAUGCGGUCUACGUUGUUGGUGCGCUGGACGAGGUGAUAACAUUGCGUGGCAUGAAUUACCAUCCGAUUGACAUUGAGAAUUCGGUACUGCGAUGCCAUAAGAAAAUCGCAGAGUGUGCAGUAUUCACAUGGACCAAUUUGUUGGUUGUCGUUGUCGAAUUGGAUGGUAACGAAUCUGAAGCAUUGGAUCUGGUUCCGCUUGUUACGAAUACGGUAUUGGAGGAACACCAAUUGAUCGUUGGAGUUGUUGUCGUUGUUGAUCCCGGUGUUGUGCCAAUAAAUAGCCGUGGUGAAAAGCAACGAAUGCAUUUACGUGAUGGAUUUUUGGCCGACCAAUUGGAUCCAAUAUACGUUGCUUAUAACAUGUAAAUAUAGUAACUGAUGCGCACACAUUUAUUGGCAAGCAAUUUUUUUUUAUCGCAAGGAAUGUAAGGAUAUUGCGGUGUCACUGUUUUCUCAACGUAUUAACCACGACAAACGAUUAUUGUAGAUGUACACAAAGGUGUAAUUUAUUGAAAUUUAUUUGAAUUUGUUUUUUUGGAAUCUACUUACGUGCCAUGCGUAUGGUGAUGUCGCGCAAGAGCUAAUAGACGAGCGUUUGUUCGGUUUGUAUGAAGAACGAAAAUAAUUCUGAAAUUUUUAAACCAAUCGAGUUAUGUGGAGGACAGUACAAAAUGUACUCGGACUCUAAGCAGUUGGUCAAGAAUGUACGUAACGUUUUAUGCAUAGAAAGAAUUAAAUGUUCAAAACGGUCGAUCUCUUGUCAAUCAUUUUCUCAUGGCUCUCUGCAACUCUGGACAAGAUAAAAUACAAGCAUAGGUUGACUUUCUCUUAAUUUUCAUGUUAAAUUUGUACCAGUAAUUGUAUAGAUUUGUUGCUCAAAAACUGGCAAUAUCGGAAUGUCAAUGCAUUUGAUUUGCAUGCGGGAUUCAUAUUU